GAAAGACCUCCACCCACGCUGCCGCCCCUGCCCGCCCGGCGAGGAAACAAAUAAGAGAAGGUACCGUCCCUUCCAACUCUCUUCCCAUUCCUCUUUCUUCCUCGUUCGCAUCCAGGCUAUUUACUCCCACCGCAGGAUAUAGGGCACCUCGCAACCCUCUUCUCCCAUCGCCCAUUAACCGAAGCACGACUAUCUUUUUUGCAGCUUUUGCAGUUCCCUCUGGAACUUGUGAUACCAUUUUUGUUUUCUAUUCGCCUUCUUGAUACCCCCCCACAUCUUUCAAAAUGUCGGACGCACCCAAGCCCGUCGAGGUCCCUGUUGAGGCCACCCCUGCCGUCGAGGCUGUCGCUCCCGCCGCCGAGCCCGCACCGGUCGUUGCUGAGACGACUGCACCCGCCGAGGCUGCCGCCACGGAGGCCGCUCCCGCUACCACGGAGGCCGCCGCCGAGGGCGAGACACCUGCUGCCGUCGCGACCGAGGAGGCCAAGAAGGAGGAGGCAGUCCCUAUUGAGGAGGGCUUCCUGGAGAGCAAGGGCACCAAGUUCCCCCAGAACUUCCUCUACACCAAGAGGUUUUUCUGGUUCGGAACUGAUGCUGUCGAGCCCAAGGUUCUGGCGACCUUUGUCAAGUCGGAGAAGUCGGUCGAGGUUGCCCACAAGGUUGCUGCGUGGGCCAGCCAGACCGGUGCCGGCCUUCUCUUCUACGUCGAGAAGGGCACCGACAAGGCUGCCCCGUCUGGUGCCAUCCAGCUGAGCGAGGCUUCUGAGCCCAUUGCCGACGGUCCCACCAAGUUCCACUUCACCAGCAACGGCCACAAGCACACCUUCAAGGCUGCUAACGCCGCCGACCGUGACAACUGGGUUGCCCAGCUCAAGGCCAAGACUGCUGAGGCCAAAGAGGCUGUUGCCACUGUCACCGAGGGCGAGACCUACAAGGCCACGCUUGAGAGCUUCAAGCCCGCUGCUCCCGUGAAGAAGGAGGAGGAGAAGAAGGAGGAGCCCAAGGUUGAGGAGGCUGCCCCGGUUGUCGCUGUUCCCGAGGAGGCUGUCGCUGCCACCGAGACCCCCGCUGCCGUUGAGGAGCCCGCCAAGGAGGGCGAGACCCUGAAGCCCGAGGAGGCCAAGGAGGCGAAGACGGAGCGUAGGUCUGCUUCGCGCAAGCGCGAGUCUGUCUUCGGUUCCCUCUUCGGCAAGAAGGGUGCUCACAAGGAGGACCCCAAGAAGGAGGAGGCAAAGGCUGAGGAGGCUGCCGCCGCUCCCGCUGAGGCUGUUUCCGAGCCUGCCGCUGCCGAGGCUGCUCCCGUCACGACUGAAGCCACUGUUGAGGCCGCUGCCGAGACCGCUGCCCCAGUUGUCGAGGAGAAGCCCGUCGAGGCCAAGCCCGUCCCGACCAAGCGUGGCAGCAUCUUCGGAAACUUGAGCUUUGGCAAGAAGAAGGCUGUUGAGCCCGCCGCCGCUGAGGGUGCCACUGCCGCUAGCACCACCAAGGAUGCUAUCGCCGAGGCCAUUCCCGUUGCCGAGACCGCUCCUGUGAUCCCGGCUGUUGAGACCACUGCCCCUCUGUCGACUGAGGUUGCUUCACCUACCACCGUCCCCACGGAGACUGUUGACGUCACUGCCUCCCCUGCCGAGGCCACCCCUGAGGCCAAGAAGGAGAUGAAGAGCGACAAGCGCAAGUCGUCGCUGCCCUUCACCUUUGGCAAGAAGGAGAAGGCCUCUUCUGACGAGGAGGGCGAGAAGACCCCAAAGUCUCCUUCGGCCUUCUCCAAGCUCCGCGCUACCAUCAAGGGCAAGGGCAAGGCUGAGAAGUCCGUCGAGAAGCCGGUCGAGAAGACCGAGGAGGUUGUUGAGGCUGAGGCCUCUGCUGCCCCCGCCGAUAAGGUUGAUGAGGCUCCCAAGCCCGCCGAGGCCGAGGCCGCCCCUGCCACCGAGGAGGCUAAGCCAGUCGCCGCCCCGAUUGUUGCCGCCACCGCCUAGAGGCCGGAGCAGUAGGAUGGUCGUGGUCGGGCACCUAGUCGAGACUGAGUGCCUAACCGGUUCUGUCUAGCGAUGGUGGUCGGGACCCACGUCUUCUUAUCCCCUCAUUUCACACAUUCAGAAAACCCCCCAAAACAUUAGCGAAGACUAUGAAGCAUGUCAACGACAACUAUCAAGGCAACACCGCCUUGAGGCCUGUUCUCGGGUUUGGUCGGGAAUCGGAUCUGCAUUUCAAGAUACCCUUGCGAGAUUGGUUCGCUGUUGGACAUGAUCGUCUCUUGACGAACCCUACAGUUCCUUUUUCGUUUGAACUUUCCUUCUCUUCCAGCAAUUUCGUUUCUUUUCACAUCGACAAACCACCAAAAAACGCCAUCACCCCCACGAGUCAACACUUCGCUUUUCUUAUUGCAUUUAGUACCGCUUGUCAUUUGUUUUGAUUCCCCUCUCUGUUUGUUUUUGAUAUCACAUCUUUCUGGCAACCAUGCCUCCCGAUUACUGUCUUGUCUCUUUUUUGAUACCCAAGUAUACCCCUCAAGACAGUCGUUUGGGAAAUGAGGUGCAACGGGAAUGACCCUUGGUCGGACCAGCGAUUUUCAGAUGCGAAACAAGAAAAGAACAAAAAAAAGGAUGGAUAGUUGGUGGAAGAGCUGGGUGGGAAGGCCUCGUCGACUGUUGUCUGGUUAAAGAUCGCGACCCAUGGCAAGC